CCCGCUACAGCUCUUCAGCGCCUACACACGACGAGCCAUUCCUGGAUUCUCAAUUGCUGCUUUUUGUUGUCUUUUCCUGGAAAGCAGUGGGUGCUCCUGGGGAAGGGAUAGGAGAAGUGGACAGCCAUUUCGCGUCCGCGACUGAUCCACCGUCCAGCGGCGAGAAGUUGUGUGUGUGCCGAAGCGAUGAAGCAAGAGUAUGGAUGCACACAGUCAUGCCAGGCACUUGUACUGUCACGAGCCGAACUCGAGCAAAAGCUGCGCGAGGCCAGCGACGAGAUCGACAUUGUCAUGCCUGAGAACAUUAAAAGUCACGUCUGGAAGUACUUCAGGCCCAUCGUCUACCGUGGGGUUCGGCAGAACUUUGUAAAGUGCCUCGACUGCGACAAUGUGCUCGCGUACAAAAGUAAGACCGGCACUGCGAGUCUUCUGCGUCACAAAUGCGAGGGACGCUGCCGCGAUCCCGGCAACGAAGCUCCACCAUCAAUGCACCGACCAUCAACAUCCACGGGAUCCAUGCUCCCCGAUACAGGGCCUGAAAUGAUGGAGGAGGAACAGCCACAAAUGGAUCCCGAGGGGCCCUUUGAUGAUGUCACAAUAAAACAAGAACCCAUCUUUGGGUACAAUGACGGUAGCUUCCCAGAACCCGAUGUGAGUAUGGAGGAACUCGAUGGGAAAACUGAUAUAACGUUUAAGCUGCAGAAGCACGAACUUGAGGCACUAAUUCGUGCCAAUGAUCCCAGUAUCACAGCGCGUGAUCCGACAAAAUUCAAAAAUCACAUGUGGAAGCAGUUUAAGAUUCUCUACUACAACCACAUCCGGCAGGAUUUCAUCAGGUGCAUGCACUGUGGGGUUGUGCUGUCGUACAAAAAGAAAACCGGCACUGCUAGCCUUGUCCGGCAUCGGUGCAAUAUGAGAGCACCAUCGAAAUCCCCGCAGCACAGUAUGCAGGCAACAUACUCCCCAACAUCAUCUGCGGAUGCAGCAACAGAAGCUGAGCACGCUAAUCGGCAGCAAGCAAUGACAUCCGCCUUGGUAUCCCUGAUGCCGCACUUCCUGGCCAGUUCGGGACUCCGUGGGGAGUCCAAAAUCAUUCCACCCGGAGAUCUUGCUCAUUUUGCCACGGCACAGAUAAAAUUCGCCGCUCGUGAUCUCCUCCCAUUGGCUUUCUUCCAGCAGCCGGGAUUUCACGAGUUUGCCCAGAUUCUCCUAAACAUUGGCGCUGAGUAUGGGCACCAGAGUAUCGAGAGUAUCCUCAUGAUGCCACAGGAUUUAGCUGCAAAUCACAUGCAGGGUGUUAUGGAGCGGAUGAAGCAAGAAAUCAAGGCUGUUCUCACGGGCAAUGACAUUUGCAUCUGCUUGGAUUUGUGGCAGCAUCGUGAGGAGAUGUGUCUCUCCGUUGAAACCUUCCUCAUUGAUGAGAACUUCAUCCUCACGCGAUACAAUCUCGGUGCGAGAAUUCUCACCGAAUGUACCUCCAAACAUAUUCACGUGGUGGUGCAAGAGAUCCUCAGUGAGUUCCUUGAUUCCGUCCAACUCGAUGGGAUGAAGAUGGUUGUCCGGAUGGAAGACACCGUGAUACGUGAAGCAUUCCCCAGCGCCUCUGUGAUGAACUGUAUGUGUGAGGUGCUGAUAAAAAUUCUCGAUGAACUACUGGAUGAGUUUCCGACAUUCCUAAAAUCCAUUGAUGAUCUAUCCCAACAUCUUGUGCAGCAGGGUGCUGCAACAUUUGCCGAUCUCCUCGAUGCGCGUCAUCCCACGCGAUGGCAUCGCUACUUCCGUCUCCUCAAGGCUAUUGCAAACUUCUCCGAGACCUACGACAGUGAGGAGGAUAUUUUCCAGGAAUAUUUCCACGAGAAAUUGGAGACUAUCAUACAAAUUCUGGACUUUCUUGAACCCUUCCAGCAGUGCCUCGAUAGCUUGCGCAAGGAUGGCAAUCCCACCAUUAAUGAGGUGUACUUGUGGAAUAAAAAAUUCCAGCAGAGUAGCCGUGUUCUGCCCAAGAAUGGGGAUUUCGUGGGACGUAUCAAGGGCACAGCAUGCACACUCCUCAAGAAGCACUUUGUGACGUCAAAGUACGACAAAAUUGGCCUCUUCCUCGAUCCCAACUUCAAGAAUAUGCGCUUCAUGCAUGAGGAUGAGAAGAAUGACAUUCUGGACGUUGUACGGCAGGAAUUGGAGUCCGUGAUGGGUUCCAGUGGUGAAGAUUCAUCGUCGCAGGGUGCAAAGAAGUCCAUCAAGAUGAAUCUCAGUGAUCCCGUGCCGGGGACAUCUAAUUCCUCCUUCAUGAACUUCAUGGAAUUCAUGGAUAAUUCCGUGUCUGAGGAACCGAUUGAGACGGAAAUUAAGACGUACAUGGACAUCAGACUCACAGAACCCGUGGAUGUGUUGUCCUUCUGGAAGGGCUUCAAUCAGUGCCCCAGCCUUAAGAAGCUGGCGCGUCGUGUGCUCAACAUUCCCGCCUCAUCGUCGCGCAGUCGCAGCAUCCUCAGUCCAGACAGUAUUUAUGUGUCGGAGAAGAUUCAGAAUCUGCCCAAGGACGAGAUGAUUCCCCUGCUGUUCCUGCGACAGAACACAGGACUACAUUAGUUAUGUGGAGUUUAUAUAAAAUGUAAUGUACUAUGCUUAUUAUAUAAAGAGAAAGAAAAUUCAAAUCCCAGAAAUUUUAAUAAAGAGAAUUCCAAUAAAAAA